AUGGCCUCCCAAUCCUCCCCACCACCCUUCCAAACCGCCCUCCUAGCCGGCGCCCUCGCCGGCACCACCGUCGACCUCUCGCUCUUCCCUCUCGACACACUCAAAACCCGCCUCCAAUCCGCCCAAGGCUUUUUUGCGAGUGGCGGCUUCCGCGGCAUCUACCGCGGCGUAGGCUCCUGCGUCAUCGGUUCCGCGCCCGGUGCCGCUUUUUUCUUCGUUACUUAUGAGACUACCAAGGGGUUUCUUUCUUCUUCUGCUCCUCCUCCUCCUCCUCCGACGACGGGUUCGACGACGGGUUCGACACAUAAAACGGGGGAGGAUGUAAAAGGGAAGGGUGGGCGCUUCAGUCAUCCGGGGGUACAGCAUGGAAUCGCGGCAAGUCUGGGUGAGAUAGCCGCGUGCGCGAUUCGCGUGCCGACCGAGGUGAUCAAGCAGCGGGCGCAGGCGGGUCAGCAUGGCGGGUCGAGCUUGAGCAGUUUGCUGCACAUCUUGCACCAGCGGGGCGCGAUCGGUCUCACGGGUGUGUGGCGCGAGCUGUAUAGGGGCUGGGGCAUAACUGUUAUGCGCGAAGUGCCGUUUACCGUGUUACAGUUUCCGCUUUGGGAAUCACUCAAGAAAUGGGGACGGGAGCGCCGCCAACGGACAGGAAGGGGACUUUUUGGUGAUUCCGCGACGGGUAAAAACGAAAAGGACGUGAGUGCUCCCGAAAGCGCGCUGUAUGGAAGUCUGGCGGGCGGGUUCGCGGCGGCGUUGACGACGCCGUUGGAUGUGCUCAAGACGAGGAUCAUGUUGAGCGAGAGGAGGGAGGGGGUGGUUAGUCUAAUAAGAAAAAUUUGGAGGGAUGGGAAGACGAAGACUGGGAGUGGGAUCAGACCGUUCUUUAGUGGGAUUGGACCGAGGGUGAUGUGGAUUAGUAUCGGAGGAGCGAUUUUCUUGGGGAGUUAUCAGAGUGUUGUUAAUGCUUUUGAGGGGACGACGAGGAAGAGCAAGAGUGGUGAGGAGCUUUCGCUUUAA